AACGUUUUAAAGCGGUUUAAACAGUGAUAAUACGGUAAAAUGAAGCUUAUUACGCAUAAUUUUCUUAGUUCUAAAUGUAUGAAAGGUGUUAAUGUUGGGUUUCCCUUAAAAAUAAGCGCUUCUGAUGUAAAGGUAACAGAAGUUGAUUUUAACCCGGAAUUUGUCGCAAGGAUAAUGCAAAAAAUUGAUUACCCUGCUUUAUAUACUGCCACAGAAAGUAUUGGACAUUUAGAAGAUUUACCUAAACAAAUGGUGGAAAAUUAUGAGAAUGAUGAACAUUUUUUGAAGAAAGUUCACCAUGCUUUGUUACAGUUGGAAGUUAUUAAUGGGGAGUUAAUUUGUCCAGAAACAGGGAGGAAAUUCCCAAUUACAAAUGGUAUUCCUAAUAUGCUUUUGAAUGAGGAUGAAAUAUGAUUUAUAUUUGAAAUGUAUGGACUUUUUUUAUAAUUUCGCAUUUAUUAUUAGGUUUAAGUAUAAAUUUAAUGGAUAUUUAAUGAAACGUUAAAUAAAAA